AUGCAGUGCCAAGUCGCUUGGUUGGUCACGCUCUUUUUCGCGUUUGUGACAGCGCAAAGUUAUUCUUACGGCGUCGACAUCGACUCACUUACUCGCAGACAAGACACUGGCCGAAUUGUCGUCAAGCCCCUUCCGCAAACUCGCAAUGGCACCGUCCCCUUGAGGCCUGAGAUCCGGGAGAUGCAAGCCGAUCGAUACAAAUGGGACCUUUACAUCCUCUCCAUGAGCAUGCUGCAGGACGUUGAUCAAGAUGAUCCAGCGUCGUGGUACCAGAUCGCCGGGAUUCACGGUGUCCCUUUUGAAUCAUGGAACGGGGUUGAGGCUGCUACAGGAGCUAAUCAGUCCGGUUACUGUGCUCACAAUUCUGUUCUUUUUCCAAUGUGGCAUCGGCCAUACUUGACUCUUUUUGAGCAAGAACUAUAUCGGAUGGCCAACGUCAUUGCCGGUAUGUUUCCUAAUGGGACCGACAGGCAGGCAUAUAUAGCUGCAGCACGAGACUUUCGUAUGCCGUAUUGGAACUGGGCAAUGCCUGCUCCGGAGGGAAAGUCGCAUCUUCCUGAUAUUUUCUGGAAUGAGACCAUCUCUCAAAAUGGACCCAAGGGAGUUCAAGAGAUACACAAUCCUCUUUACUCUUACCAGUUUCAUCCAAAGAACGCAACAGCCAUGAUAUGGGCGCCUUUGAGAAACUGGAACGAGACAAAGAGGGCUCCAAAUUCGACCGAACCUGACGAUGACGACCAGGAGGAACCGACGUCCGAUAACGAACAAGUCAAUAGGGCUCUUCUCUCAAAGCUUCCUGAGAUCCAACGACGCCUUUCAACCCUCUUUUCCAGUUACAAAGAUUUUAACAGUUUCGGUAGCAAGGCGUGGGCUUUCUCAAAUAAUUCGACUUUGGACUCGCUCGAGUCGGUCCACGACAUUAUACAUAUCUUCGGCGGGCUCCAAGGACACAUGACAUUUGUUCCCCUAUCUUCAUUUGAUCCGUUGUUCCUUCUUCAUCACACUAUGACGGAUCGACUCGUCGCGAUAUGGCAAGCUAUGAACCCAGACUCAUGGGUGACUCCUUUGCCUGCGGGAGAGAACAGCUUUACGGUCAUCAAAGGCGAGAUGCAAGAUUCUCAGUCACCCUUGACUCCAUUCUUGUCCUCUGAUGAUGGCACUUUCUGGAAUUCGGAUACUUCCAGGACCACAGAAGCCUUUGGCUACGCAUAUUCCGAUACAGAUUUAACAGGGAAGCAGAAAGAAGAUGUCCGGCAAGAAUUACAAAAGAAGGUAACAGAGUGGUGGGGAGGCGGUUCUGUAUCGCUCUUGUCGGUUAAUGAGCACACUGCGACUACAGAGUGGGUGGCCGAGGCGCGGUUGAGUGUACUGCACGAUCAUGCCUUUACCUUUGUCUACUUUUUCCUCGGCGAUCCCUCGGGCAGCCAGGAGAAUUGGCUCUCUGCGCAAAACAAUAUCGGCAGUACAUUGAUUUCCGGUAGCUCAAACAGCACAGCGGUGGUGGGGAUACAUUUGACGUCUGAAAGGACGAGAGACUUGCAAGCUGGAGAGAUGUCUGAGAAACUACAGUUUCGUAUUGUCGAGAACGGCAAAGUAGUCCACCCAGAUGAAGUGGACUUGCACAUAGAUCUUGUUAGCGAUGAGGGAUCAAGGAUUAAGCUAUGGGGCUAG